CAGGUCUUAAGACUGGCCCUCAAAGUGGGGAUUCUCUAUUAUGGGGGACACCUAGUCACUCAAGGGAAUCUGACCAGUGGGGCUCUUGUUACCUUUGUCCUGUACGAGAAGGAGCUUUCUGAAGUAGUGCAGGUCUUCCUUUCUUCUUGCCCCCGUGUGCAAAAAGCCAUAGGUUCAUCACAGAAGGCUUUUGAGUAUAUGGACCGGACACCCCAAAUCAUGCCCUCGGGGACUUUGGCACCCACACAUUUAAGAGGACACAUGAUGCUUCAGAAUGUCUCAUUCUUCUACCCCAACAGUGGCAAUUCUCUGGUGCUGAAGGGAGUGUCUCUAGAGCUGCUCCCUGGUAGGGUGACUGCCCUGGUGGGCCCCUCGGGGUCCGGGAAGAGCACGGUGGUGGCUUUGCUCCAAAGGUUCUACGAGCCUCAGCAAGGGCGGGUGCUGCUGGACCACCUAGAGCUGAGCGACUAUGACCAUCACUUCCUGCACCGAAAAGUCGUGGUGGUGAGCCAGAAUCCAGUCCUCUUUGCCCGAUCCUUGCAUGCAAACAUUGUGUACGGCUUGGAGGAGCAGAGUCAGGAGAAGGUGGUCCAGGCUAGUCAGCGAGCGGGAGUUGAUCGAUUCAUCUCCAGAAUGAACCACGGCUACGAUACAGAUGCUGGGGAAGCAGGGGGCCAGAUUUCGGGGGGGCAGAAGCAAGGGAUAGCUCUUGCCCGGGCUUUGAUCCGAGACCCCAGAGUGCUGGUUCUGGAUGAUGCCACCAGUGCCCUGGACACAGAGAGUCAGCAGCAGCUGGAGGAAGAAAUCUACAACGGAGCAGCUCGCCGCACACGCUCCGUUCUCCUGAUCUCGCACCGGCUUCGCAGCGUGGAGCGGGCUGAUCGCAUCCUGGUCAUGGAAGAUGGGGAGAUUUGUGAGGAGGGGACUUACGAGGAGCUGGUGCAGAAGAAGGGACUCUACUGGCAGCUCUUGCAGAAGCAGCAGAAUGGGGCAGAGGGGGGUAGCAACGGCAUCCUCAAUGGGAACAGUAGGCAUCAAGAAAAACUUAACCAGCUCCGGGGGGUGGGAAGGAUGCGGAAAAGCAGAGGACCCCGUAUUCUCCCCUCCAUCGAGCUCAGCUGCAUGGCUAAGGCCUGCAGCAGCCAUUCCCAGAUGCGUCAGACCAGCCCUGUCCCCGAGGACGGCGGGGAGAGCGCCCGUCCCCCGGGCAAGCUAGCCCGCCUCGGUUCGGGCGUCCUCCUAGCGGGCCUCUCCAGGGGCCCCUUUGCCCGGCCCCGGCGUGGGGCGCGGGAAGGCGAAGCCCCGGGCAGGAGGCAGGCGCCGCCGUCGCUUGCUCUGCGCCGGGGAGGGAGAGGCGGCGAGGGCGCCCCUGGGUGUCUGCGGACGGCCCUCCGGCGCCCGGGACGGGACUCUGCCGCGAGCAGCGGCGGCCGCGGCCGCGUCCCCGCUUUCCGGGCGCGGGAGCCCCAGACCGCUGUGCCCCCGGGCAUUCAGGUGAGGGCGCGGGGGCCCGGCGAAAGAUGGAGGGGUGGGCGCGCCCAGGGACUAGCUUUUGAGAAGCGCGACGAGGUGCACCUGAGCAUAUGCAAAGUGCUUUCCCACCUCGCCCACCUCGCCGCAUCGUUUGGCCUGCUUCCCAGGAGAGCCCACCAAAUCCCUGAAGACCGAGGCGAGGGGAGGCGAGCGUAUCGCAGGAAGGAAGACGGCUGGAUCCAGGUUGGACGGACGGACACCAGCAACCUGCUCCACCAGUAUUCGGAGGCCAAGGAGCGAGACAGGCAGGUGGCCACAGCAGCGACCCCCAAAGCGGAACGCGGGCGCCCUCUGGCGGUCACAGUGGAGGAGGAGGAGGAGGAGGAGGAGGGGGAUGGAAAACGGGAGUUCCCGUCUGAAAUCGAAAGCACAAGUGCCGCGCUGGGGAUUUUGACUCCGCGGAGCCAGCGGCAGCGAUCUUUUGUGGGAGAGAGAUCCCGGCCCGGGCGGAAAGAGGCAUUGAGAUCGAGAAGGACCAAGCGCUCGCGAUCUGAAGGACUUUCCCGGCCGCAGCAGGAAGCCCGGCUGCUCAUAGCCGUCAGCAAGAUGCUGGUCCCUGCUGUGUUCCAGGCUGCCCCCCUGAUUCUCUGUGACCGAAUCCUACUCUCCUCCCUGGAUGGAUGGUGCCCCUUCCUGGCCCCCCUGGGGGUCCCAGCAGCUUGGCUGGAGGCUGCCCUACGCCUGCUGGUCCUCUGGGGGCUCAGGGGCCUGCUCUCUGUGGGUCGCUCCUCCCUGAUGCCCUCUUCCACUGUGGCUGCUGUCAGCAUCCUGCCCCCUCUGUACCUGUUGGUGGGACACUGGCUUGGAAACCCUCCCCUCCUGCUCUCUUCGGCCCCUUGGUCCUGGUGGCUGGUGAGCUACGGGGCGGUGGGUUUCUCCCACUUUCUCUGGGGGAUCCUGGUGGAAGGACGAAGCCCAGAAGAAUCCCAGAGAGAAGACAAAGCCACCCUUGGGAAGUUGCUGAGCCUUUUCUGUCCGGACAAGCUGUAUCUCGCUGGCGCUUUCUUGUUCCUCAUCCUGGCAGUGAUUGGUGAAACGUUUCUGCCCUAUUACAUCGGGUGUUUGAUUGACAUCCUGGGCACUAAAUAUGACCCGGAAGCCUUUUCUGCAGCCAUCUUUCGUCUCUGCCUGGUCUCAUUUUUAAGUUCCGCAUUUGCCAGCUGCCGUGGGGGGCUCUUCACAUUCAUCAUCUCCCGGAUGAUCAUCCGGACUCGUAACCUGCUCUUCUCUUCUCUGGUGCGGCAGGACCUGGCCUUCUUCCAGGAGGUGAAAACAGGGGUGCUGGCCUCCCGCCUCUCUGAAGACAUAGUGAAGAUGAGUGAGUCAGUGCCAUUGAACGCCAACAUCUUCCUGCGCAGCCUGAUCAAGGCCGUCGGGCUCUACGGAUUCAUGCUUGGCCUGUCCUGGCACCUGACGCUGCUGGUGCUGGUCGAGACCCCAUUCAAGAUGGCCAUCCAGAAGGUCUAUGAUGCCCGUCGCAAGGCUUUGCUGAAGGCGAUCCAGGACUCAAUGGCGUGCUCAAAGGAGGUGGUACGUGAGGCAGUCUUUUCUGUGGAGAUGGUGCGCAGCUUUGCCACUGAGCAGAAGGAGUCACAGCGCUACGAGGCAUCCUUGGAGGAGAUCUGCCGGCUGAGGAACCAGAGGGACUUGGAAACAGCUGUUCAUCUGAUCAUCAUACGGCUCUUCCGGUUGAGCCUGACCCUGAUCCUGCUCUACUGUGGGUACCAGCAGAUCUGUGCUGGCCUCAUGACCAAAGGAAACUUGGUCUCCUUCAUUCUCUACCAUGCAGAUGCAGAGCAGUACGUGGAGAACGUGAUCAGGAUGUAUGGGGAUGUCUUGAGCAACGUGGGAGCUGCAGAGAAAGUCUUUGAAUACCUUGACCGGGAGCCGUCCAUCCGCACAGAAGGGAUGUUGUCUCCGGAAUUCCUCCAGGGACGCAUCUCCUUCCAGAAUGUUUCCUUCUGCUAUCCCUCUCGCCCCAAUAUCCAAGUCCUGAAGAAUGUCUCCUUUGAGCUCUGCCCUGGAAAAGUGACGGCGCUGGUGGGCCUGAAUGGCAGCGGGAAGAGCAGCUGCGUCAACCUCCUGGAGCACUUCUACGAGCCCCCGUCCGGGGAGGUCCUGCUGGACGGAGUCCCGGUCAGGGAGUAUGGGCACAAGUAUUUCCACAGGCAGGUGGCACUGGUGGGCCAGGAGCCCGUCCUGUUCUCUGGAUCCGUCUGGGAGAAUAUCACCUACGGCCUGCAAGGCUGCAGCGAGGAAGACGUGAGGAGAGCAGCCGAGGAAGCGGAUGCCUUGGGAUUCAUCCGUGAGCUGGAAGGAGGUUUUGUGGCAGACGUGGGGGAGAACGGGGAGCUGCUCUCCGUUGGGCAGAAGCAACGGCUGGCCAUCGCCCGGGCCCUGAUCCGCAACCCCAAGGUCUUGGUGCUGGACGAAGCCACGAGCGCCCUGGACCCCAACAGUGAAGCCGCAAUCCAGCAGUCUAUACGGAACGGCCAGGGCCGGACGGUGCUGGUGAUUGCUCAUCGGAUGCAGACGGUGGAGAAUGCAGACAAGAUCGUGGUGCUAGAAGGCGGGGAGGUUGUGGAGGAGGGGACCCACGCCAAGCUGAUGGGCCAGAGGGGCCCCUACUACAGUCUGGUGGAAAGGACCCCGGUGGAGUGACUUCUGGAGCUGCAAUGGAGGAGAUGCUCAGCCACAGGAUCAGUCGCUCUUGUAGAUGCCAAAUGCAUGAUUGGCCAGGGAGGUGGACAACAGCGCCCUCCUGUGGAAAGAGGGUGACCCAAGAGGAGAACGUGGCCUGUCUAGCAGCUCUCAGGCAGUCAAGAGUUGCUGAAUUGCAGCCAUUUGCAGGGAGUGGUUGUCCUUCCCAUCGUGACAUAAUUCUUGUGGGGUUAAGUAGCAACUUGGGCACUGGAAACUCCACUGUGGAAGGUGUAAAAUCCUGUUUCAAGCAACUCUCUUGUUUGGUAAAUGCACAAAUACUCCAUUUUUUCACUUUGUUUAAAUGAGCAUGUGAGAACUUUAUAUAGAACCUGCUCUUUUAUUAAAUAUUUUGAUAAUGAUUGCAGCAGAUUGGCCUCUUCUUUAUUUCAUAAAAGAAAGUCUCUGUGUGA